AUGGACUCAUCUGCGCUCCCCACACCGCGACCAGCGACAAACCCUCCGACCGGAUCUUUGCCUCCCCUUCCUAUCCCAAAGUCCCGAAAGAGCGUCGCGGGUCCAGAUGGUCCUCGGGCAGCGUCUCCAUUUCGGGCAUCGAAAUUACGUACACCGUCAAGCCCCAGGCCUGCUUCGACUCGAUCUUCUUUGGCUAACACCAACCCCACGUCAAAUUUGACAUCGGUUCGAUCCGUAUCAAGUGGGCUCACACCUAGUAGUCCCGAUAAAAACCUGCGACGGAGAAUUAGCAUUGCCUCAUUUCCACAACCUCCAAAGGCCUCCAAGCGCUCUUCGACUCCAUCUUCUGUCUCUGGCAUGUCCGUGUCGAACCCAACGAGUGUGAAACCGAGAAGAGGCUCAAGGCUUAGCACUGGAACCACGAGUAGCUAUCGGAGCUCGAAAACACCAUCGCUACUGAACGGAAGUGGAGAUGGAAAGUCAAUCUUGCCGGAAGAUGUUCGAGAUCCAGAGGGUUCUCCAUCGCACAGCAGAAGCUCUUCUGCCCAGGGAUCCUCCUGCUCGACAAGCGCCACAACUUUUGAAGAGGGGGAAGAUGCCACAGGUACCGGUAAAUCCUCUGGUAAACCAAAAGAAGCCAAGGGUAAUGUGAUCGUCAGUGUGCGGGUACGGCCGGAUAUGAAUCCCAGCGACUCUCCGAGAAAUCAUGGCGAGUGGGCCGUAGAUGGGCGCCAAAGCCUCAUUGCUCACCGGGGAAAAGAUGGCGGCGAUUACUAUUAUGACAAUGUUUUUACCGCUCAUGAAAACAAUGCCAAGGUCUACGAUUCAGCUGCGAAACGACUGGUUCGGCGGGUGAUGGAAGGUUACCAUGGAACAGUCUUUGCAUAUGGUAUGACAGGGACCGGAAAGACUUUUUCCAUGCAGGGAACUGCAUCUUCUCCCGGUGUGAUCCCUCUGGCAAUCACAGAUAUCUUUUCUUUCAUUCGAGAAACUCCACAUCGCGAAUUCCUGCUUCGAGUUAGCUACUUGGAAAUUUACAAUGAAAAGAUCAAUGAUCUCCUAUCAGCUCCCACCAAUGGAGCUCCGGGGCCACAGGAAGAAAUCAAAUUACGAGAGGACAGCAAACGGGGUGUCUACGCGACACCGUUGAAGGAGGAAAUCGUGCAGAGCCCUACGCAAUUACUGAGAGUGAUCGCCCGAGGAGAUCACGCACGGCGCACCAGCAGUACGCAGUUCAACUCUCGCAGUUCUCGAAGUCAUGCCGUCGUGCAAAUUGUUGUGGAAAGUCGGGCCCGAGUGCCCGCUGGAAGCUCACAAGACAAGCGCUCGGGAAUGGCUCCUGGUGGUGUACGAGUUUCAACACUAAGCUUGAUCGAUCUGGCUGGAUCCGAGAGAGCAGCUGAUGACAAAGAACGACGAACCGAGGGUGCCCAUAUCAACAAAAGUCUACUCACACUAGGCAAUAUCAUCUCGAAGCUCUCGGAGUCCAAGGACAAACAAGGCAACCCUGUCGAUAAAGAAGGCAGACACUUGCCUUACCGUGAUAGCAAGUUGACUCGCUUGCUCCAGCCGGCUUUGUCUGGAGGUUCCCUCGUGAGCAUUCUCUGUACCAUUCAAUUGACGUCGGGUGUGAAUGCCAGCUCCGGAGAAACCAUCAAUACUUUGAAGUUUGCGGCUCGCGCUAAAAACAGCAUCGUAAGCCACGCCAAAAAGGCCGAGGAGGCAUACGGUGGCGGCGGCGGGGAUGCCGGAAGCCGUGUUUUAUUGGAGCGCUAUCGCUUGGAGAUUCAGACCCUUCGUGGUCAGCUUGAUUCCCAAGCCCAGGCCCAAGCAGAAAAAGAGCUCAAGUGGGAUGAACAUCAGUAUGAAAAGGAGGCACAGGCGCGGCAUGAAGAGCAGAUGUUGGAAAUGCAACUGGCUCGAACGGCAUUGAAGGAAAGAAUCGAGCACCUCAAUCGUUUGAUAUUAAGUUCCAAGUCCACCGGAGUGAAUAACCACGGGGGUUAUGGUCGUCUCUCAAGAAUGUCAUCCAUGGACUCUGGUAGGCGCUCGCUACGUUCAUCUGCCAGUCAGUCCACUUUGGCUAUGGGCUAUUCAUCUAUCCGGCCCAUAUCUUUCAUGUCUAUCAAUAGCACGGACACCUCUCCGGCGAUGCCUUUUUCUCCCGCGUCGUAUAUCAAUGAAGAUGAAGAUGAUAUGGGCGAGUUCGGCGACGGAAAGGCCAGCCUACAGCGACAGGUCAAUGCUUUGCAGGCCGACUUGAGUGACAAAAACCGAUACAUUUCCACCUUGGAACGUCGGCUACUACAGGCUCGACGCUCGAGCCAUUCCCGUAUGUCUGCGGGGGUGAAGUCUACCACUUCAACCAUUGUUGAACAUCCAGAUACGAUGGCCUUGGUUCGCGAGAAAGAUAUGGAGAUCAAUGAGCUCCGAAUUCAGCUUGAUGACAAGGACCGAAUGCUGGCUGCCCUUCGAUCUGCAGCACGACAUCGUGACUUGGCAGGUGUGACCAACGAUUCACAGUCUCCAGAGCUCAAAAGCAAACGUGACUCGAUCUCCUCCGGAAACAACAGUCCUCUGGGUGUAGUCGCCAAGUCAAGAAGUCUCUCUGCCUCGGGUCAACUGCAUAAAGCGGAUGCAAAGGACGAUGAUAGAAGACAGCAUAUGGAUGAAGUAUCCAGGAUGCUAGAUGAGAUGAUCCAGCAACGAGUUGACGGUGGUCAUUUGGAAAAGAGCCAAUUCGAUCAAAUCAAGAAACCCUCCAGUGACAGCCGCCGUACAUCCACAUCAGCUGAGAUUCCUACCUUGGCUCCCAGUGCGAAUCUUCCAGCUCACUUAGCGGGCUCUAUCACUGAUUCCCCGAGCUGA